ACCGCUUGGCACCACGAAGAGUCAACACAACACACAACAAGGAUGGACGGCGUGCUGGACCCUUUCUCCGCACUAGACUCCUUCUCCUCCCCUCCGUACUUCAACGAUGACGACUUCUUCACCGACCAGUCCUCGCGGGACGGUCACGUGGACACGAGCGACUUCUUGGACGACGACGUGGAUUUCUUUGCCGGUCAUUUUCCAGACUACGACAGCAAGGAGAUUCACGGCGACUAUGACAUCGGCGACCUGUCCUUCUCCUCCUCGUCGUCCACAGUCUCCUACAGCUGUGCGGACAGCACCGCGGACCUGUCCCCGCACGGCGGCCCCUUGUCGCUGAAGAGGCGGCGGAGGAUGCGCUCGGAGAUGGAGAUGCAGCAGCUGCGGCAGGCGGCCAACGUCCGGGAGCGGCGGAGGAUGCAGUCCAUCAACGACGCCUUCGAGGGGCUGCGCUCGCACAUCCCCACCCUGCCUUACGAGAAGAGACUCUCCAAAGUGGACACUCUCAGGUUGGCCAUCGGUUACAUCAACUUCCUGGCCGAGCUCGUCCAGUCGGACCUGCCGAUCAGGAACUCCAGCAGCGACACGCACGUGCAGCCAAAGAAAGUCAUUAUAUGUCACAGAGGAACAAGGUCUCCCUCCCCGAGUGACCCGGACUAUGGUCUACCCCCUCUGGCCGGACACUCUCUGUCUUGGUCCAAUGAGAAGCUCCUUCGAGAGCAGAACAUCAUCCGCACGGCCAAGGUGUGGACUCCAGAAGAUCCUCGGAAACUGCACAACAAAUCAGCCCUCACAGACAUAGAAAACGAGCCCCCGUUUGGCCUCGUGGCUUAACAAAUGCCUCCUGACUAUAGAAGAACUUGAAGUGAUGAUGUGUUCAGGUGCAUUGUAAAAAAAAACAAAACUAUUUGAGUACUUGUAAAUAUUUAUGCAUUACUUUUUUUUUCCAAUUUAGGCUCCUGGCAAUCAUGUAUUUAAUAUUUUCAUGUUUUAAAAUAA